ACAAAACUGGGUGAUUUCCUUUUUCAUACUUCAGAUAAGAUGUGGAAGCUUUUCCUAGUGGAGGUAUUGAUACUUUGUGCUAUAGCAUUGGCCUCUGCUCAAAGUGGCAACAACGUGAGGGCUACAUAUGAGUCAUACAAUCCUCAAAAAAGUAAGUGGGACAUGAACACUUUGAAUGUAUUCUGCGCAGCUCAGGAUGCAAGCAAAUCAUUGGCAUGGCGCAGCAAAUAUGAUUGGGCUGCUUUUUGUGCACCUAUUUGGCCUUUUGGCAAAGCAGUAUGUGGCAACUGCUUAAAUGUGACAAACAGUGAAAAUGGAAAGAUGGUGUCGAGAACAGUAAGAAUUGUUGAUAAGUGCACUAACGGAGGGCUUGUCUUAGAUAUUGGUGUGUUUCGAAAAUUGGAUAGCUCUGGAAUUGGGUUUACUCGUGGUUAUCUUAUGGUGGAUUAUCAAUUUGUCAAUUGUGUUUGCAGUGAUGGAACACAUGAUUGUCAAAGUGCAACUACCUCAAUAUUAUUAUCUUCGACACCAACGGCUGCACCAACACAAUCCCCAACUUCAUCAACACCUACCUUGGUUCCUAUUACUAUUGGUAUGUACUUCAUUCUUUUAUUGAUUCAAAUUUAAUUUUCAGACAUGUUCUAAAGUAGAUGUUGUGAAUUCAAUACCACUAACAAAUUAUAAAAAAUAAGGGA